UUCUCGACAUUUAAAUUCAAAAUAUUUAAAUUUUUAAAAACAAGAUGCAGAGAAGUCUCUACUGGUUGGUUCCAUUUGUUCAGGGCACGGCAAUCAGUUGAUGGUGUUUGAUGUUGAGAUAAUGGUUACCCUGGGGAAGGAAGAGUAACUAGAAAGCAGGAGGAGGUUCUAGCGUAUGGCCAUAUUCUAUCUUUUGAUCUGGCUGUUAUCACAUAGGUGUGUAUGGUAUAUGAACUUCUCCGAGCUCUCCAGUUGUGACUUGUAAGGUUUUCUAUGUGUCUGUUAUACUCCAAAAAUAAUUCCAGAAAUGGAGAUCCUUAGAGCCACAGCAGACUAUAGAGUCAGACUCUGUGAGGCUGGGACCAGGGGACCCUGCAUCUUAAAACCUUCCCUUCCAGGUUUUUCUUAAGAGCAUUGGAUUUGGGGAAUCUUCACUAAAAGAAAGGGAUCGGAGAAACAGCCCAAGAACCCCAUUCUGCACUAAUAAUAAAUAUUCCUUAGAAAAGAAAUUCUUGAUAUCUUGGAGUCACUUAGCUUCCCCGGUUGGGAAAACACCUAUCAUCUUUCAGGUGCUGAGAAAUCAGUGAUGUAGAGAAAGGUGUGAAUGUGUAUUUUAAUAUAUUACAUUUAAAAUAGUAUUUCUUAUAAUUUGUCAUACGCACAAUGACUCGCGAAUAUUUUGAGGCCCUCUAAAAACAGGCAGGUGCUAGGACCUAAUGGAAGUCAGGCUUUCAGUAGGAGGGGAGACAGCACUAUGGGGUGUGGUCUACCUGGAAGCAGGUACAGAAAAGCCAGUUCUUCCACCUGGAAGCUAAUGAGACUCCAUUUCAACUCUCUCCACACCACCUCCGAGACACCAGCAGCUUUCACACUUGCUUGUCAAACCAAAAGCAUGUUUCUUGCAAAGGCUUUAUUGGAAGGGGCCGAUCGAGGUCUUGGAGAAGCUCUCGGAGGCCUUCUUAGAGGAGGUGGUCAGAGAAGAGGAGGAGGAGGAGGAGGAGGAAAUAUCGGAGGGAUAGUUGGAGGAAUCGUGAAUUUCAUCAGCGAGGCCGCGGCAGCUCAGUACACCCCAGAACCGCCUCCCACUCAGCAGCAUUUCACGACCGUGGAGGCCAAUGAAAGUGAGGAAGUUCGUCGGUUUCGACAGCAGUUUGCCCAGCUGGCGGGACCGGACAUGGAGGUGGGUGCCACCGACCUAAUGAAUAUUCUCAACAAAGUCCUUUCCAAGCACAAGGACCUGAAGACCGACGGCUUUAGCCUUGACACCUGCCGGAGCAUCGUGUCCGUGAUGGACAGUGACACGACUGGCAAGCUGGGCUUCGAAGAAUUUAAAUACCUCUGGAACAACAUCAAGAAGUGGCAGUGUGUUUAUAGGCAGUAUGACAGGGACCACUCUGGGUUCCUGGGACGUUCCCAGCUGCGUGAGGCCCUGCAGGCAGCGGGUUUCCAGCUAAACGAGCAGCUUUACCAAAUGAUCGUCCGCCGCUAUGCAGAAGAGGAUGGCAGCAUGGAUUUCAACAACUUCAUCAGCUGCCUGGUCCGCCUGGAUGCCAUGUUCCGUGCCUUCAGAUCCCUGGAUAGGGACGCAGAUGGUCUGGUUCAAGUGUCGCUCCAAGACUGGCUGCAACUGACCAUGUAUUCCUGAAGCCGGCCCCUCCCCGAGGACAGGACUCCUGACAGCCUCGCCCUCCCGUCCCCACAGCGGCUGAUGCCCUGUCCCAGAGUUGUCAUUUCCUGCGAGCUCAUAUAUCUCCCUGCAAGCUUCUGAACUGGGACUGCCCCUUGGUGCUCAAUUAAAAUAGUUUUUUUUUUUUUUUAAUGAGAAAUGUUCUGAGUGGUUUGUAUGUCAGCUCUGUGAGAUACUGGAUGUGUAGGGAUGUAUGUAUGGGGUUGGGGGGCGUGGGGCAUAGCCCCCUUGGAAUAGAUUUUGAUAGGGCAUUGCUUAUUUGGUGAGCGAAUUCCAAGAAGCAGGAAACUUGUUGUCAUUGAGAAUGAAAUCUUGAAAAAAGAAAACCCUGGAGUAAAUCAAGAAAGCCCUCAAGAGAUCUAUUUUUCCCUUUAAAAAAGGUGAGGAGGAGUGAUGUUCAGAAUCUGUUUUUCUCUUAAUUUCACAUCUGGUCUUUCCAUUAUGAAAAAAAGAGAGAAAAAAAGAGAAAGAAAAAGUGUUUUCCUGGAAGCCUAUUUAACUGUAUAGAAACAGGUUCAGAAAUGAGAAAAGAAGCAGUUUCACGUAAGGGAAGUAUAUAUAAGUUUUUAACAAUGGAGAGACUGUCUGAAAUUCCAGAAUUCUUUAGUCCUGUUUCUCUACUAAAAUAAGCACGCAGCAAAUUUGUUUUGUUUUGAUGUAUUUGUAAAGAGGGUCAGGGCAUCGGGGAAUGAAGGGUGGACCCGUAGCCCAAUAUGUCAGUCUCAAUCAUUCUUCCACACGCUUCAUACAAAAUCGGGCUUGCCCAACGCAUGUUGGCCGGCUCUUGUCGUGUCUUGCCCUGCCUCAGAGCUAGGAAUGCUUUGUUGUUGUUCCUUUUGCGAAACUGUGGACAGAAGAAGCAUAAGCGAAGGAGCAAAAAUAGGUGUUGGGGGGAGCAUAGAGUGAUCAGUUAUUUGGUAUAUAAAGGAAUCUAGAGAUAUAUAAAGAUGUUUAAGUACUGCUGAGUGUCACAGGGGUUCUCAGUCCGGACCGUGAUUCAGAAUCACAGGGAGAGCUCUUGAGGAAUAUUGACGGCUGAGUCCCACUCCGGAUGCAUUGAAGAACAAUCUUUCGAGGUGGGGCUUGGAGACGAGUAUUUUUAAAGCUCCCCGGGUGAUUCCAGUAAGCAGCCGAGGUCACCAGCCUGGGCUGUCGUCCCUUGCUUGUGUAUGUAUGGCCCUUGGUUUGGCUCUGUCAUUUUGAUUCAGGCGGUGAUGAUGGGGCGGGCAGAAUCCAGAAUGCCCAGCUAGGCAAGUAGACAGAACCACGGCGGCUGUGUAUGCAAGGACUCAGUAACCCUCCCCUCUCCCCACCCCACCCCUGCCCUGCUAUUGAAUUGGUUCCCACCACUCCCGUGCAUUCCCUCCCUCUCCAAAGGCUAGUUUAGAGGGUCCUCCUGAGUUUGAAGAUCAAUUCUUCCUUCCUCUUUUGACCCAUUUCAAGGAAAGUUUUAACUCUGGAACUGAUGUCAUUCUCCUGUUAACAGUCCGCAGCGGCAGGUGAGAAAUCCCCAGGGCCAGUUGGGAGAGGUUGGCUUUCGGUCUCCGUGCUCACCAUUGUCACCAUCGUCACUCUCAUGGGAUAUUUAUACAACACUACGUGCGUAUCCUUCUGCGCAGAGUCAGGCCCAGGGACCGCGUCUGCCUUCCGCGAGGGACCUGUACGUGUAAGCUCGCUCCAGUGGGCUGCCCAGCCAGCUCUGCUCAUACCAGAAGGAGGCUGCUGCCAACAUCCACAUGUAUUGAUUUCAGGAUCCCCAUGUUAGAAUCAGCCCAUUCAUAUGUCAGGCGCGAGCAUAGGCAUCUAGCCAAGAAAGGGGAGAGCUGCCAAGGUGCCUUUUAAGGCCUCAGAACAUUAGGUUUAUUAUUUAACCUUUCUACAUGAUGGCUGCAGAAAGGGCAACUGAGCCUUACCCUGGUGGUCCUGUUAUUUCCAAAUAUUUUAUGAAAGUUAAGGCAGUUGCAUCGUGCUGGGGGAUGGUAGUAAGUAUUUUUCUUGCUCCUCGGGUCAGGGGAUUUUCUGCUCUUACAAUUCCCUUCUUGCCCGCCCAGGGCAAAAACAUCCUGAAGUCACCUCCAUGUCCCUUCUGUUCUCUUCUGGAUUUGUAUAACGUUUGUAUGGGUCACCCCAGACAUUAGAGAAAAUGCUAGAAAAUCCAGUCUAAACUCCAGACUUUGUCAAGUACUCAAAACUUUGGCAUUGCAGAGAACCGAGAACCUGACGAGUAAUU